AUGCUGCAAGACUAUCAGGUAACUUAUCAACUAAAGAUCCUGACCACUGCAUUCUUCUCGGUCACCAUGCUUGGGAGAUCGCUCAACCGUUUGAAGUGGCUGGCUCUCAUUCUGCUUACAGGAGGAGUUGCACUCGUUCAGAUGCCAGCUGGAGGCGCAGCCAAAGGAAGCACAGCUGGCAAUACUUCAGAUAAAAUCGUUGGACUGCUGGCUGUUUUAGCAGCAUGUUUUUCAAGUGGUUUUGCUGGUGUAUAUUUCGAGAAAAUCCUGAAAACCACAAAUGUUUCGCUAUGGAUGCGUAAUCUUCAACUAGCGUUCUUCUCUAUUUUUGGAGGUUUCCUGAUGUGCUGGCUGUACGAUUAUGAGGCCAUUCAGAAAGAUGGUUUUCUUCAAGGAUACAACAAUAUUAUUUGGACCGUUGUCAUGCUCCAGGCCUACGGUGGUUUGGUGAUUGCGUUGGUGGUGAAGUAUGCAGACAACAUUCUCAAAGGUUUCGCUGUAUCGCUCUCAAUUAUUCUAUCGUCAUUCGCUUCAUGGUUCUUCUUGGGCGACUUCACACCGUCGUUAGACUAUGCGUACUGUCCUCUGAGAAGUUGUGUGCGUUAUCUAGAAGGCAUAGCGAUAAUGUGCGCGUUACUGGUUGAGGGGUUUGGACCGCGAUCUCGACGCAGUUUAAUGCAGACUGUCUUGAGGAUACUUCAAAAACUGAUGUUUGCUGCUGGCGCCACUACCGUGAUUGUGUCAACUUUUAUGUACGGGUAUGAGCCGAAAACUGCCAAACCGCCACACACAGCGUAA